AUGACCCUCACCAGGUACGUCGUCGGCUCCUUCGCCGUGGCGGCGGGCCUGGUGUACCACGCGCUCAAGACUCGGGAGCAGUACUUUCCAGCGAUGCUGUACCUCUCCACCAGCAAGCUGAGCGUGGUUGUCAUGGGUAACCUGAUGUUCGCGCUGACCCUGUGCCUGGGUCACCUGCUCAAGUCCAUCUUCCUCGGGCAGCUGCGGGAGGCGGAAGUGGAGCGGCUGUACGAGCGGAGUAAGGACGCCAUCAUGGAGACCUGCCUGGCGAUGACCAUAUUCCGGGAGGAGUUCAACAUGAAGUUCGUGGUGAUGUUCGUCACGCUUCUCUUUGUCAAGAUCUUCCACUGGCUCUGCUCGGACCGCGUGGAGUACGUGGAGACGUCGCCGAGCACCACGCGGCUGGCGCACCUGCGCGUGUGCACCCUCGCCGCGUGUUUGCUCGCCCUGGACCUCACGAUGCUGCAGUACGCGGUCACCGAGACGCUCAGGGUCGGUCCGUCCGUCCUCUUGCUCUUCGGCUUUGAGUACAUCAUCCUCGCGUCCAGGGUGGUGGCCACCUCGUGCAAGUACCUCAUAUUCGCGAUCGACACGUGGAGAGAGGGUCGGUGGGACGAGAAGGGGACGUACGUGUUCUACCUGGAGCUCGUCACCGACCUGCUCCACCUCUUCGUCUACUUUUGCUUCUUCAUCAUCAUCUUCGCGUACUACGGCUUGCCCAUCCACCUGGUCAGGGACCUCUACAUGACGUUCAGGAACUUCAACCGGCGGGUCAAGGCGUUCAUCCAGUACAGGAGGGUGACCGCCAACCUGAACGAGCGGUUCCCCGACGCAACGACGGAGGAGCUCGAAGCGUUGGACGACUCGUGCAUCAUCUGCAGGGACGACAUGUCGGUGGACGCCCCGGGGGGCGCGAGGCCGAAGAAGCUGCCGUGCGGUCACAUCUUCCACCUGAGGUGCCUGCGGACGUGGAUGGAGCGGCAGCAGGCGUGCCCCACGUGCAGGGCGCCGGUGGAGCCGGAGGAC